GUACCCCAACAUCGAGCUGACCUACGAGGUAACGGACAAGGACCGGGUGCGUUCCGGUCACCCGGUGCACCUGGUGGUCAGCCUGGAGCGAGAGGACGACGUCGUCGGACCCGUCAUCGCGCCCUUCUUCCCUCAGCGGCGGGACGAGGGCUGGUGGCUGGUGGUCGGCGACCCCAAGACCAACUCACUCAUCUCCAUCAAGCGGCUGACGCUGCAGCAGAAGGCCAAGGUGAAGCUGGACUUCGUGGCGCCGUCGCCCGGGAAGCACACUUACGUGCUGUACUUCAUGUCGGACUCGUAUAUGGGCUGCGACCAGGAGUACAAGUUCUCUCUGCAGGUUGGCGAGGCGGACAGUGACAGUGAGAGCGGCAGUGACAGCGACUGA